GAGGAACUGCAAAGGGAACCCGAAUUGUCUAGUCGGAAUUGGGGAACAAUCGUGGCUGGGAGAAAUUGACGAAAACACCUUCCACAACAUCGACGACCCAAACUCUGAAAGAAGAGACAAGCUGAAACACGGGCAGCCGGGAGUCCUGGGGAAUUCCACCGGACUAAGAUGAUCACUCAGCUCUUAUGUACCAAUUCUCUUUUUUGAAGAAAGGCAGUAAAAUCCACACAGCUGUGUAGCACGUUUACCAGGUAUUAUAUUUCUAUUUUGCUAGAACGUUGCUUUUUAUCGUUUAAUUGUCACUGCUUGAUUGUACAGUACUUAUAGCUACCACAUGAAAAGUGCUCUAUAAAAGAAGUUCAUCAGUAGUAGAAGUAGUAGGAAUAGGAAAAAUGAUAGAUUCUUCAGUGCAUCAUGGGUCUCCAAAGCACAAAACAGCAUAAUCUGACUUUUUUUUUAUACAAAAUGUUUUUUAUUAAAAACUGUCUGAUGGACAAAAAAAUUGGUAUUUGUGUAAAACGUCUUCGCGUAUUUAAACACGUAGUAUUCACGUACCUUUUGGAUUUUAAGGUGUCGUUUUUAUUCCCACAGACAGCGCUGAUAUUAACAGAAAGAUAAAUGAGGAACAUGACGUGGUAUUUCUAGUGUUAAGUUUAGUAAUUCUGACUUUUUAGAUUUAUUUAUUUUUUUUAUCCACAGGUGCUAUUCAGUACGCUCUUUUUGUACACUGUGGGUCAUUUAGGCAAAACAUUUACAAAAAUGCUGUCAACCUGGGCUGUGAAUUCUUUUCUUUGGAUAUGUAAUGUCCAAAGUUCAAAUAGUAUUCGAUUACGGUACAGUUCUGAUAGACACCUAUAAAGAAGAUGAUGAUGAUCAAGGGGAUUCUCAAACUUUUUCGAGAAAGCAGAGCCCAUAUUUAGUGCAUUCUGAAGUGAUUGAUGUAGUUUUUGUCUUAAAGACGCAGUCCAAACACAUCAGAGGUAAUGUAGAAUUAUUAUAUUGUUAACAGUACGUUCUAAUGAAUUUGUCCUCUUGUUUUUUUGUUUGUUUUUUUUUCCCCUCCUCCAAGAACACGUUUGUUGGCCUGACGAAUCUCGGCGCCACGUGUUACGUGAACACUUUCCUCCAGGUGUGGUUCCACAACCUGGAGCUGCGCCGGAUGCUUUACCAGUGUCACAACUCUCGAGCUGAGGUGCACAACACGGAGUCAGAUUAUGAGCCGAAGACGAUAUGCGAACACCUGCAGUACCUGUUUGCUUUGCUGCAGAAUAGCAACAGAAGGUACAUCGACCCCUCGGGUUUGGUGAAGGCGCUGGGACUCGAUACGGGGCAACAGCAGGAUGCGCAGGAAUUUUCCAAACUCUUCCUUUCGCUCCUGGAAGACACUCUGUCCAAGCAGAAGGAUCCAAACCUCCAAAACGUGAUUCAGCAGCAGUUCUGUGGACAGUUUUCUUACGUUACCGUGUGUAACCAGUGCGGACGAUCGUCUGCUUUACCGUCUCGGUUUUACGAGCUGGAGCUCAAUAUACAAGGGCACAAAAACCUGACAGAGUGCGUCACCGAGUUCCUCAAGGAGGAGAAAUUAGACGGGGAUAACCGCUACUUCUGCGAGAGCUGUCAGAGCAAGCAAUGCGCCACGCGUCGGAUUAAGCUCCACAGCCUGCCGCGGACUCUCAACCUUCAGCUCAUGCGCUUUGUGUUUGAUCGGCAGUCCAGUCACAAGAAGAAGCUAAACACUUACAUUAGUUUUCCAGAAGUCCUUGACAUGAGCCCGUUUAUGGAAGAAAAAGAGGAGAAGUGUACGUACGAGCUGAGCGCCGUGCUGAUUCACCGUGGCGUCAGCGCCUACUCCGGCCACUACAUCGCUCACGUACGAGACGCUUGCACCAACGACUGGUACAAGUUCAACGAUGAGGAGAUUGAGAAAAUGGAGGGCAAGAAGCUCCAGCUGGGCAUCGAGGAGGACCUGGCUGAAACUGUGAAGUCACAGAGCCGGAAGCCUAAAUAUAGCAAAGGCUUUCACUGUUCGAGAAACGCCUAUAUGUUGGUGUAUAAACUUCAGGAAGAGCAGGUGGACCAAACCCAGGCCAGCGUGGAGGUGCCAGCCUUCCUCCAGAGGCUUGUGGACCAGGACAACAAGAAGUUUGAGGAGUGGUGCAACGAGAUGGCGGAUAUGAGGAAGCAGAGCGUGGACAAGGGCAAAGCCAAACACGUGGAGGUCAAAGAGCUCUAUGAGCUGUUACCUCCACGAGAGGGUGAGCCGUAUGAGUUUGUCCCUGUGGAGUGGCUGAAAAAGUGGCUGGAUGACUCGACAGCCAUCAAAGAGAUUGACAACUGCCACUUCCUGUGUGCGCAUGGAAAAUUGCACCCAGACCGCCUGAGUGAGGCCAAGCGCAUUUCCCACAGUGCUGCUCAGAUCCUCUUUAGUCGCUACGGUGGAGGACCUAGAAUAGACGGAUCGUUCCUGUGUAGAGAGUGUGUAACCCAACGGUGCCGUGUCCUGAGGCUUAAAAACCAGCUCAAUGAAGACUACAGAGAGGUGACCAACCUCGCCAAGGCUCAGCUGAAAAGCAACGAACAGGGUUUCUGGAUCGGGAAGGCGUCUCUGAGGCAGUGGAGGCAGCUGGCUCUGGAGCAGCUGGAGGAGGAUGAAGAGGAGACCAAACACAGCGACUGCAAAACAAACGGGGAAAAUUCCACAGGUGUAAAAGACGGCGUGAAGGAGAACGACCGGGAUGACGACGAGAUGAAGAGUUUUAACGAAGACAUUGUCUGCUCUCACGGCGGUCUGAGUAUUCAGGAGAGUGAGAGACGGCUGGUCACGGGCGAGGUAUGGAGCAGGCUGAAGGUUUAUUUCUCCAACGCGCCAGAGUUCACACAGCAACAGGAUCCCUGCCAGCAGUGCAUGAGGUUGGAGAGGGAGGGUAAAGAGAAUGAGGCUCUAAAUCGAAUGAUGGCCAACGAGCAAAAGAGCUCUCUCCUCAAUCUUUUCCAUGAGAAGAAUCGUCCUUCACUGCAAAAGUGGCCUCAGGACGCCGAUAUUCUGUACAUUGUGCCGUUGUUCUUCGUUGACGAGUGGAGGAAGUUUAUCAGGAAGCCAGCCAAGUCGAACCCGGUGUCCAGCAUUGGAAACAGCAUCCUGCUGUGCCCUCAUGGUGGCUUCAUGUUCACCUACGACUCCUUGCUUCAGGGAGAUGCCCAGCAUGUAGCUCUGCUCUGGCCUGCUGAAUGGGAGGUGAUCUGCAGGCUGUUCUUGGUGGACCAAACCAUCUCUAUAUGCAGGAUCCGCGAUCCAGCGCAAGACAACGGGAAUGUGCAGUACCACACCCAGCCUGAGCUGUGUCGAGAAUGCCGCGAGGGCUUCAUAUUCCAGCAGCAAAGGGACUUGCGGGAGUACGCUCAGGCCACCGUUUACGUACGCAAAGUCAUCGACAGCAAGAAGAUGAUUAAAGAGGCUGCUCCUGAGUUCAGUAUGAGUGGAUCUGAAGCAGAGGAUGAGAGAGAAGAGCCCAAAAUAGAAGGAGAAAAAGACCCUGACUUCAAUCAGUCUGAGGACGGAGCGAAGCGGCAGAAGCUGAACGAGGCGAGUCCUGCCGUCGCCAUCUCUUCCUCCUCCUCUUCUUCCUCCUCCUCGUCCUCCGCUCCUGCUGUGGGGAAGUCAGGGAUUCGGCGGAGCAUGCGGCACAGGAAGCUGCGCGGGGAGAAAGCCCUCAUCGUCUCCGCCAACCAGACCCUGAAGGAACUCAAGAUCCAGAUCAUGCACGCCUUCUCCGUCGCUCCGUUCGACCAAAACCUGUCCAUAGACGGCCGAUCUUUAACCGACGACUCGGCCACGCUAGGAAGCCUUGGAGUCUUUCCAGAAAGCGUUAUAUGUCUAAAGGCUGACGAGCCAAUUGCAGAUUACGCAGCUAUGGACGAUGCGUACCAAGUCUGUUUGCCUGAAGAAGGAUUUAAAGGUACUGGACUACUAGGACACUGAUGGAGGCUCUGGAUGUGGAGGAACACCGACAGCAUCCGUGUGAAAUAACAACAACAACAACAACAACAACAACAAAAAGCUUGAAUUAGACCGAGAAGUUGACUGAGAGAAUAAAGUCAGAUUUGUUUAGAGUCUGGUAUUUUACAUUUUUGGUUGCCUUGUAACUUAAAGUUGCAAAUUCCUUUAAAGUUGUCUGUCUUUGCUUUGAGAAGAAGAAAAAAAUAAUCGCGUGUUGGCUUUUAAUAUUUCAAGCUGUUGAUGCAUUCUGCAAGUGCACGCCAUGACUGUGAACAGAUACGAGUCGAGACCUUUACAUAACAGCUUCUUUGUUCUUCGUGGCGGUGUCAUAUUAUCUCGAGACGACGGAUAGGAUCGACGUUUAGCCGCCCUUGACAUUUUACUUUCUGUAAAAGCUUCCAGAGAACAUUUCAUUCAGCAGUCACAUGGUCACACACUUCCUUGUCUCUCAGAUAUUCAUCAAGAAUGCAUGAGCAACUUCAAUAUUAAAAAUGUCUGUGUAGCUACGACUGAAAAAACAAACAAACAAAAAAACACAACUUUUUUUUUCCCCCCACCAAAAAAAAUCACACUUCAGUAAAAGUCUGUGGAGCGACAUGGAAGAAUAAUUUCUUAUACUGGGGGGGGGGG